UAGACUUAAACAGUCAUUAACAGCUGUUCCUUUCUUUGUCAGAAGAACAAUGCAGGGGAGAUGUUGCUGCGGGUGUUGUUCUUUAAGCACAGCUACUAGUGUCAUCCUUAUAUUUUGCUCCAUAGAGGCGGCUUGUGCUCUAUUUUGCAACAUAGAGCUUUUGUUGAUCUUGACUAAUGGUCACAUUUUGAAUCCUUUCAGUCUUCUAAUCAAUGUUGAUUAUAUCGAAGACUUUGACAUUGUUCAUGGAUUGAUAUUAGCAGCAAUAGGAUUGAACAUAAUCUGGAUCCUUUCUGCAAUAUUCGCUGCUCGAGGAAAUGUAACUCUUAGAACUGGAAGAUUGACUCCAUGGGUUAUGAUUGCGUACCUCAUUACGCUUUUCGAUCUUGGUGCUGCCAUAUAUUUUGCUGUAAAAUUCCAGGAUUCUCUUUCAACAACUAGACAUCUUUUUGUAGACCAUAUUCCAACUAAACCUACGACAUAUCUUACUUUCCUUUGCUUGUUCUCUGGUGGUGGUAUUUGGCUAAUUAUAAAGAUAUACUUUGCCCACGUAGUUCAGCUUAGAGGAAAAGAAAUAGAUCACGACUAUUCUACGUUGGCGUUUUAUAUUUUGUCUCACAUAAACCGGUGUUCAAGCAGAGAAGGCCUGGCCCCUCUUCUACCAGAGAGAGAAGCUCCUCCAAGUUAUUGUCCGAAUGGAGUUUCUUAUUUGCCAGCGAAUGAAGUAGGAUGUACUCGAAAUAGCAGUAGAUCUUCUUGGUCACUCAGUUAUGAUGCCCUCCGAACUAUGUGUGAAGCUGAGCCAGUAGCCGUUAUAGACUCCAAAACUGGCCAAAAGAUUGUUUGUCCCUCUGUAAAUAUGACUGGAGUGGUUAGAAGGGAUGACCUACCCAGUUAUAAUAAUAUUGUAAAUAUGAGUGUAAAUUAUUCAUCGGCUCAACGGUAUUAAAAGCUUGAAGCGUUUUUAUUUAUGAAUUAAAUUUCAUUCAACUAAAGGUUAAGUUUCUUAUUCAUUUUUGAUCUGAACUUUAAUAAAUUUACGUAGCAUUAUUUUACAUAAGAGGAAAUUUUCGAAAUUUGCACAAAUUUCACUGUUUAAUGCUUAAUGAAGAAAAAUCAUCAAAUAUUUUAUAUG